GUUUCGCAUCGGCCUUGUAGUCGGCAAGUCUCGAGCCUUCAGCCGUGCCUAGGCUAGUGCUGUCCCCACAGCCGCAAGACGACACCUCGACGUCCAUGGCCGCGUCUUGCUGCAGCAAGACGCCGGCCAGCGAACUGCUGGCCAAGCCAGCGUUGGGGCUACCUCCCCGCCCUACCACAGCCAGCGUAAAUCCUGUCAAAUCCACUGCGACCGUCACGCGCGCACGUACCCAAAGUCUCCCAACUGUCGGUGAGCACUUUCUGGGCAAGGACAGCCCGUGGAUGCAGCAGGCCGUAGACCGCGGGCUUUUCCGCCGCUUUGAGGAGGUCAGCAACGAAGUCUCGAGACUGAGACGCAUCCAGAACAUGGACGUCUUCUCCUCCGAUGCGGGCGAUGUGGCUGAACCUCAUCCAGAGCUCGCACAAGUGCAGACAGAGCUCAGCCGUGCGAGACGCCGCUCCGUCCGCAUCCGCGAGGACCAAAAACACAUGAUUCAACAGCUCGAGGCCCAGCAGGACCGAGGGGUGAUCAAGAAAUAUCUGGCUAUGGCCACAGGCUCUGCUGGUAACCAGAAGAGAAAGACUGAGGAACUCAAGAAGAAACUGGGCCACCACAUGGCUGAGGCUAUGCGUGCAGACGCCGAUCUCCAGAGGCUCGAGCGACGCUCCAGUUCCCUUGUGGACGACUGGAAGCGCCGCUCGUCGUUCUCUAGUAGUCGCAGCUACUCCGUCCAACCCGAGGGCGAGGAAGACGUGGAGAGGCGUGAGGAAGACGACGUGUGCUUUGAUGACGAUGACGACCUGGACGUCGCUGAGAGGCUGGAGCAGCUCGAGAGGGAGAAGCAGAGACUACUGGGUCUCUUGCUCCGGGCACUGCGGCUCCCAGACGCUCUGCAGAUGCACACAAAUGUAGCCAUGUACGCCUCCGAGGUGCAGUCCUGUGAGUCCAUUGAGAAGCAGCUUGACCGCGCCACGGGGCUCUAUCACCAAGCUCUGCAGCUGCUGCGUAUGGCCAUGGCCACUGUCGUGUCCUCUCAGUACUCAGGAUCUGUCAAGGAUUUUGCCAACGGCCCGUUCGCUCUCACAGUCGAGGCUGGUCAGCUCAUGGAGGCUGCAAACAUCGGCAUCCAGCCUGAAGCUCAUCGUAGAUAUCGCCAAUUCGCCUCCGAGCUUCAGAAUUUGCGACUCCCCAAGUUUCCCCAGAUCGUCAGCGACUAUGUGCGUCGUGCACGAACCAAUUUCGACCCUCGCAGUGCAUUGGCUCGAGAAGCUGUGAGGAGGCUCCCAGCGUGUGAAAACACUAUGGUGAUGACGCACAAAAUCGUGAUCGAGAAGCUGGAGCUGCUGGGCCGGUGGAAACGCACAGUGGAGCAGGACCAGACGCACGCUGAGGUCUCGCAGCGUCGUCUAGAGACGCAUCUACAACAACGUUUGGCAGUUUUGGCUCGGUCCGUCUCGGUCUGAAGUCAGCUCACUUCACGUGAAACGACGCAUGCAACAAGAUUCUGGAUGCGAUGUCUUAAGAGGGAGGGAGAUUCAGGAAUCAAAAUGCUCUCACAUCUGUUUAGUCGCCCGUACGCAUAAAUUAUGAUCAACUU